UGCAGUGAAUAUCUCUGAAAGAACACUGAAAUUAUCUCUGGGAAAGAAGUACAGGAUUUGAAUUAGGGCUGUCUGACCCCACAGCAUCUUCACCACACCAGCAACUCUGCUUCCACUGAACUCCAGACUGCACCAGCUGCCCUCCCACCAGCCCAGCUGUUGUCAUCCUGGGCUGGGUGGAACUAGGAAGAGAAGUCUGUCUGACUUUGAAUGUGCAAAUUGAAUUCAGAUGACUCAGAAAGGCGAAUGAAGAUGAUGUUGACCCUGGAGCCCAGAGUUCUAUUCCUAACCCAGGUGUUGCUACACUAUCUGUUCCUGGAGGGUUUAUUGGACACCUGCUCAGGGCUCCACACUCUUCACUAUGAUCUCACGGUCAUUUCUGAGGAGGGCUCUGGGAUGAUCCAGAUCAUCGCUAAUGCAUACUUUGAUGACAAGCUCUUCCUGCGCUACAAGGGGGACAGCAGGUGUGCAGAGGCUUUAAGGCCCAGGACCAAGGGACACGCUGGAGCUGAGACCUGGGCAAGAGAGACUGAGGGCCUGUGGAAGGAGGAGCAACUGGGAGAGAUGCUGGCUGAGGUCACAAGACAGAUAGGCCAAGACAGGGGCCCUCACACCAUCCAGGUGACCUUUGGCUGUGAGCUUCAGGGAAACGGGAGUACUGGAGGCUUUUGGUACCUGGGCUAUGAUGGGCAGGACUCCCUCACCUUUGACCAGAAGACUUCCACUUGGAAAAUGGCCGUGCCCUCCACCCAGCAGACCAAGACCUUCUGGGAGAUAUGUGCACCCAGAGCUGCUCAAGUUAAGACUUUCUUGGAGGACACAUGUCCUGCUCAUCUCCAGAGACAUCUAGCUUCCUUGAAGAACUUUCUGCUGGAUUCAGGGCCCCCAAAGGUGAAAGUGACCAGCAGGAGGUACCCAGUGGGCAGGAUCACCCUGACAUGCUGGGCUUUUAAUCUGUAUCCUCCUGUGGCUACCCUGGUAUGGCUUCAGCAUGGGAAGCCAGUACAGCAGCAGAUAUUUGGACCUCGAACCAUCCUGCCCAGCGGUGACCAGACCUACCAGACCUGGGUGUCUAUUUGGGUUCUUCCUGGACAGGAGCCAGAGUUCACUUGCCGCCUGAUGCACCACAGCAAAAUCAUUGAGGCCCCUGCUUUCCUUGGUGAGAAAACGUGACAGCCAUCCACAACAGGUGUGGGAGGCAAAGUGAGGGAGAGCCUGUGGAUCACAAUCACUAAAGCUUUCUUGGUGCCCUCCAGGACAUCAAGCCAGGAAAACUGGAGGCGCCACCAGCUCUGCCUCAGCUCUGGUGGCUUCUGCUCUUUGUACCAUGUUGGCGUUUCUACCAAUUGCCUAGAGCAGCAAGAAUGA